UGCCUCCACUCCAUCACUCACAUGAAACCACGAACCAGCACUUCAGCCAAGCCUCCCGCCCCGCAUCCCAGCGCGGCGCAGCAGGCAGCGUAUGCGCACAGCAUCGCGGACCUCGAGCUGCCCAAGACGACACUGACCAAGCUCGCCAAAGGCUCGAUCCCCGAUAACGUCAAAAUGCAGCAGGACGUUGUGCAGGCCCUCCUGCGCGGCUCGACGCUCUUCAUCAACUACCUUUCUGCUGCCGCACACGACCAAGCCAUCGCGCGCUCCGGCAAGCAGAUUACGGCCGGCGACGUUCUCAAAGCCGUGGCGGACAUGGACUUCGGGCCGUCGGACGCGCUCCUCCCCCUUCUUGAGCAGGAGCUUGCGUCGUACCGCGCCCUGCAAGCAGCUGCGAAGUCGCGCAAGCCGCCAGCGAAGAAGCGGAAGGCGGCGGACGCGAGUGAGACCGGUGACGCGGGCGAUGCGGGUGAGGCGGCGGCGGACGAGGAAGAAGAGGAGGACGAGGACGAGGGCGACGAAGGGGAGGAAGGGGGAGAGGAGGGGGAGGGCGAAGAGGACGAGGCUGAGGAGAACGGCGCGUAAGCCGAUUUCCAGCUGGCGCCGGGCUUGCGAUCCCUCGCGAGCCCUCAGAAUUCUUGCAUAGCGCGUGCACACUUCUGAAC